AUGUGCAUCCCAAAAUCCAACCACAAGAAGCUCGUCGAUGACUGCUACCCAGCUCCUAAAGCCCUUGCCACUUCGGGCCCAGAGUAUCGUCCCAACUCGAACGAGCUUGGUCGACUGACCUACUAUGCUGAGAACAAACCCGCCAAGCUUACCAAAGUCGGCAACUUGCUCGACAGUAAAGCUCAAGCCGAUGCCAGAGCUGCCAAAGCUUCCGGUCCUGCUGCUGACAAGGGAAAAGCCAGCUUGAUGAUCACCCUUGCUAUCACCAAGAACCUGCUCACCGAAUGCAAGUCCUCGCUCAAUUACUUUAUCAAGCCCGCCCAAUCCAUCAUUGCUUCUGCUCUUGACGCUGCUCAAGCCACACAAGCACGUCCUCGCGAUCUCGAGAUCAGUGCUCGAGCUGCCAGCGCCUUUUACGCACUCGCCUCGUUCCUCGACCCUGCAACGACCGCUGUGGAUGAUGGCUUCCAACGUCUUCUCCGUUCUUUUGCUAGUCUUGCUGUAGAGCGUCCGAUCAGUGUGGAUGCUACGCAGGGUGAAGAUGCCGAGCAGCGCAACCGUACUCGACUCAUCGGUCUGGGGGCUCUCGCUGGUGCUGUUGGUUCGGAUGCUAUCUACUCGUCCAACUCGAAAUCGCUUAUCGCACUUAUCACCCCGGCUCUUAUCGAGAAUGCUAAAGCAAACCGUGUCACUCUCGACUGGCUCCGCAGCGAAUCCAACAAGGCUUCCGAGGGCGAACCAACCUAUGCAGAGUUCAACAUCUCCAAGAAGCCUCUUGCUAUUCGUUCUACUCGUUCCAUCUCGGCCCAUGUUGCAGGCGAAAAGGACCCUUCGUCCGAAGAUGUCGUUUCAGCUUCCAUCGGAACACUCCGAGGUUUGCUGCACCACGCCGAUGCAACACAAGUCCAGAGCGUUGUGCAGAACGUCAUUGUUUGGCUCGACAACAAGUCUGCACUUUCGAUUCCUGCUCCUUCGGAUGGACGUCAAGCCGUUUCGCAGUGGGAGGAUACCGACUGGUGUUGCUGGCUCGCGCAAUCUCUCUGCAGCUGGACUCCACUUCAGUACCGUUUUGUUGUCCUUGACACGCUGGUUGAUCACCUAGUCGAGAACUGCGAGGGUAAGGCUACCACCAAGCAUCUUUCGCUGAUAGAAAUGUCGCGCAGCAUCCUCACUGGACAGCUCAGCUUGAUCGGUCUCAGCACAAGCGACACCUUGAGCAAUCUCUCGGCUCUUGCGGUUCGUCGAGUCUACAAAGAUACCCGGGACAGUUUGUUGCCUCCUCUCGUCGACUGCAUUAGCGGUCUCGGUACGCAUGUUUACUAUGCGGACCAGAUCAACGACAUUGUUGAAGAGAUUGCUGGUCGUAUUGCUGCACUUCAGAUGCCCGAGACCGCUUCCGACGCUGCGUCUGUCAAGGGGGGCAACACCAACCUCAGUGCCGUCCACCGUGGUCAGCAGCAGGACCUCAACAGUCACAUUCACCGUCAGCGUCUUGCCAAUGCAGGUCCUGAACAGCGUGACGAGAGUAUUCGUGUUCUGUUGUUCUGCUUGCAAGGUGUCCUGCGUGCAACGCAUCAGUCGAGUGGUGAAAUUCACAAGGCGGUUGAUGUUAAGGAUGGAAGCAACGGUGGUGCCGGAGGUGCUACUGCAUCCAAGCAAGCAGGCGGCGGUGCUGGGGGUUCCGAGGAUGACAAGGGCAAAGCACCUGCUUCGGGUGAGACCAAGUUAGGUCUUGCCCAUGCUGGCACUCGAAACCGAGUUUUGCCCUCGUCAAUUUUGGCCACUGCUAGUUUGCUUACUUCGCCCAACCAUGCCGUACGUCUCGCGUAUGCACAGACGUUGAUCACACUCUUCCGUGACGAGUUCGACCGCGAACAGCUCGAACGCGAAAGCUCGGUCUUCGCUGCUGCUCCCAUCAGCGAAAAGGUGGGGGAAGCUAUCGGCGUGGUGCAUGCUCUCGGCGCUGCAGUCCACGUCAUGUGUCUCAGCAAGAGUCUUUCUCCUCCCGCUCAAGUGCUGAGCAAUCUACGCGAGUCGCCGUUGGAGCUUUUGCCGCAGUUGGAUCGCAUCAAUGCUGACCCUGGUCGACCUGGUUCGCUCAACAGCGAUGCUUCAGGUGCUUCGGCGGGUGAAGCUAGUGCAGCAUUGCCCAUUGACUAUGUUGCUGCAGCUCAGGCGCUCGAGCACCUCGUGACCGCUCUUCCCUGCAGUGCUGCUUUGGCAUUGACACCGAUGCUGAUUGCGCUUGACAGGGAUGCUGGCAGUCGACUCGUCGUCAACGGUGCGACGGUGAACACUGGGUUUAACCAGCGUCGUCUUUCGUCGCGCAUGGUUGCAGCUCGGGUAUUGGCCAAGUUGGGCGAGACGUUCGAUGUGAGCUCCGUUUCGAAGGCAGCGCAGAACGUGUUGGCGCAGAUCCCUUCGCUCGGUAUCGAACCUGGACCGUCCCCCGCUGCUGGUUUGACCUUGCCUCCCGAGGUGGUGCCCUUCUCGGUGGUUGGCGGCGGAAUCAACGCUGCUGGUGAAUCGAGCAGCUCCAGUUCGCCUUGGAUCGAUGGCAGUUCGGUCAUCAGCAGUUUGGCCUCAAGCUCAAAGUUGCAGUCUGCCACUCGUUUGGACGCAACUGUGUUGAAGCGAUGGUUGGAACGCGAUUGGAACGUCAACAUGGCCGUAGAUGAAGCUUUUGCUGGAUCCAGCCCCUACGCUCAAUCCUCGCUGGCUUCUGCAUCUCAGCAACCUUCUCGCCGAGCCUCGUUCACCCCUAUCAACGAUGCCCUCGUCAACGGCAGCAACGCUUCCUCUGCCUCGGUCAACAGACCCAAUCGUCUCAGCAUCUCAGCCGCCUCGACUAGUGUUAACGACCUUCGAGAAGCUCUCGGAUCCGUCUCCCCCAACUCGGCCAAGCAUGCGAAUGGAUACAGCGACGAUGGGGGAUUAAGCCCUGCUGACGUGGACAACCGCCGUGCUCAUAGAAGGGAGUCGCGACGUGGACCUACCAUCGGCAGCUCGAAUGGUAAUAAUGGUACCAGUGCGGUGGCUAUUCUGGAUUCGUUGAAGGUAGGAGUGGAUGAGAAUGUUUCGCGUUUAGGUCCGGAUAGUUCAUUGUCGGAGAUCAAGAGUAAGAAUGUCGGUGCUACGGGUGCUGGUGGGGUAGCGCCAAUCAGUCCUCCUUAUGCUUCCUAA